CUCAGUAACCACUGAAUGUAAUGUUGGCAGUAUGUAACGUAUGUCAUUGCAUACUAUACUGGCUCUAACAUAAUUAACAGUAAAAUUCUAAGUAUCAGCUUUCUUAUCCCUAGUAAGUAACGCUCGCGUCUUCAAAAAACGUAUCACGUUUGCUCUGUAACAAGCACAAGUCUAACAAUUUGGUCGAAAUACAAGUACAAAUGGCCGACUGAGGGGUCAGAAGGAGUGUGUCCUUGUUGUUUAAACUUCAGAAACGUUCAGCCUUUAGUUUACUUAUCAAAAGGAGUAUGGCUAACUCUAUCAAAAAGAAGUAAUGUUUAGGAAUUUAUAUUUCCUAAGAUUUACGAUUUUUUGAAUGACAGCGACCUGAACUGGAGUUAUUUAGCAGUAAAGGCGAAAUAUUGGCUAAAAAGUUUCUGCUUUGUUAACUUAUACGCUUUAAAUUUAUACCCUUUUUUCAGUCCUUAUCCCAAACCAUUUUUACAUUUGAAACUUGAAAAAUAUUACAGCUACAAACUGUUAAGCUAUGUUCAACAUAGCUAGCGUUUAAGCUAGCCAGCUAGCCAGCUAGCGUUUAACACUUUUUUCUGCAAAUAUUUGCGAGGUUCGCGACGCCAUUUUGUCUCUGUUUCCUCAGUGGUCCGCAUGCGACGCAUAAAGUUUACCUUCUCCCCGAGGGACCUUAUUGAAUCCCAAGUAGAAGCAUAUCACCUAGUCUGGGUGAUAUGCUUCUGAUCCCAAGCGAUAGUAACGUUCGACGUUCUACAAUUACAAGAUGUCCGAAGCAGCAAAAGUCUCCUAAGAAGAAUCCGGCAGCGUCUAAAAAGCCGACUGAACAUCCGCCUUAUUCAGAGUUGAUCAAGGCUGCCAUUGUAGCACUGAAGGAGCGAAACAGUUCUUCUCGCCAAGCCCGGGGGGGAGGGUGGGUUGAUUGUCUUGUCGAUAAUGAUGAAAAAGUAGGUUCUUCUAUAAAACAUACACAGGUGGGUCCUCACGUGAAGAUGGCUUUGAAAAGAAGUGCUGCCAGUGGAAAACUCCUACACACCAAGAGAAUUGGUGCCUCAGGCUCCUUCAGGGUGCCGAAGGAGGAAAAGAAGGAGAAGAAACCAAAGAACAAGCCCGCCUCCGAGACAAAGAAGGUCAAAGAAGCCCGCCGCCAAGAAGGCAGCGCAGAAACCUGCGGCAAAAAAGGCUGCAAAAAAACCGGCAGCAAAAAAGGCGGCAGCCAAGAAACCUGCAGCUAAAAAGACCCAGCGGGAAAGAAAUCGAAGCCCGCAGCUUAAAAACCGGCAGCAAAGAAGCCAGCGGCUAAAAAGUCCCGCAAGAAAGCGGCCAAAAUACCCGCGACGAAAAAGCCCGCGAAAAACCUUCACUUUAAAGUACACUUUGAGGGUUUCCCGUUUCAACAAACGGCUCUUACAAGCCACCAAAUGUUAUAAAAAUCAAUGACCAACAACUCCUUUUUUGCGCCUCAUCCGAGUAACUAAAGUUUUGUAAUGCGAGUCUGUUAUCACCGGCAUUUUCGAAGUUCUAAUUUCCAAAUGCCAGCUAUGUAUGGGCCAUGCCGGCCCAUGCGCCAUUGGCCAAGCGUGAGGUCAAGAUGGCUGGAUAUUGGCCAAGUUGU